GAAAUUACGUAUUCGAAAUCGCGCAACGACUUCAGUUCAGACGUACUUGUUUAUAUUCGUGCAGAUCGAAGAGUCGGGAUUCUCUACGCCAUUUCCUCUCCUUGCCUGCUGCCUAGGGUUUGCUCCACCCCUCUCUCCCUUUCCAUCUCUCUCUGUCUCUCUCUCUCCCCCUUCCUACAAGGAUAUUGUAUGUGCAAGAUUCAUAGAUGCGACCGCCUAAUAGAGUCCAGUUCUGAUAGGUUUCAGAUACUCUAUCCGUAUUCGAGAUUUCUUUCCGUUUAAUUGAUUUCAGGAUUAGGGCAUUAAUUAUGAUUAUCUCUGUUAAAUUUCGAUUUGCGUCGUCAUUCAGUGUGAAGCUCACGGACAAUCUCCGCGUCUUUGGCCCUGGUUUGAAUCCUUUUGCCCCAUAUAACAUGGCCAAUCAUUCCUCUCGCUAAAUUUUCUGGGAAGAUCAUGUAAAAGGAUUUCAUUAUAGGAAAGAAGCUCUCAAGUUUCAGGUCUUUUGUCGACAUUGCUUUAAGAAGUAUUCAGAAACGUCUUCUGUCCUGAAAUUGGAAGAUAAGAUCAAUACUUAAUAGAAAAUCGUUAAGUUCUCUGUCCCGAGUAUUCUGUGUAUCUUGGGUUCCUUUUUGGGGGGGAUUUUGGGUGUUUGAAAGGGGGAUAUUUGAGAUUGAGAUCUUCUACACUUUAAUUUUAGGUGUAAACUGUUUGUUUUCUUGAAUUAGCUGAGUAAGUCUUGUCUUUGUAGUUUAAGGUCGUGAAUAAUGUAAAAGGGUGUUUGGUUUGAGACUUUAGCUUCUGAAAACCUAAGUGUUGGGUAUUGAAGUUUGUGGGUCUUUAGUAUAUAGAAACUGAGUUUGUUUUUGCCAUCAAAAGAGAGAGAAAAUAUAUAUCCAUCAAUGCCGGAGUUUGAGGUGGACUCCAUUAGGGGGAGGCGGAGAUUGAUUAGGUCGGGAGGAGAUAGGGAUGAUCGAGGCUGGACCUUGCUCCACAUCUAUGCUUCGAAGGGUGACCUCAAAGAGGUGAAACGGCUCCUUGAUGAAGGAAUGGAUGUUAAUGUGGCUGCUUGGGGCCCAAAAUCGCACGGCGUGACCCCUCUCCAUCUUGCUGCUAAACGCGGACAUCUUAAAGUUAUGGAUGAAUUGCUAGAGCGUGGUGCUAACAUUGAUGCACGAACUAAGGGCGCAUGUGGCUGGACCCCACUCCACAAUGCAGCUAAAGAGAGGAACAAGAAAGCAAUUAAAUUCCUGGUUGAAAAUGGGGCAUUUUUGCCUGAUGACAUAAAUGAUACAAGGUUCAAUCCACCUAUCCACUACUGUCCUGGUCUUGAAUGGGCAUAUGAAGAAAUGAAGCGCUUACAACUGGAUAGUUAUUCAUCGAGUGAGACAUCUUGGAGCUCGGAUAACUGAUACGUGCCCUCGUUGAUGCUUCUAUCAUACUAUAUCUGGAGAUGUUUCUAUCAGGGCCAUCAGGCUAUAUAUGGACAAAAUAUGGUUUCUCUGCAGUUAGCCUGCAUGUUUGUCAAUUCAUGUGAGCUCGACUUGUCUGCUCUAUAUGGUUCUAGUGACCAGUUACUCAGUAUUUGUGUUUGGUUUAGAACAUGUGUUCUGGUUAUUGUGUGUGCUUUCAGUCUCUUGCGAGUAUAUCUCGGUACCUAUUUGUGCAGGUGUCUUCUCAGUACUUGAUUGUUGAGCGUCCUUGAUGAGAAGCAUUCUGUUUGAAAAAACCUCUAUGUCGCAGUUUGUAUUAUGGUGAUUAAAGUGGUCAAUAAAUCGACUGUGAGUCAAACCUGGUUUGCAACA